ACGAAGGCUGAAUCUAUAGCAAAUGUAUGGGAAAGCCUAGAAAACAAAAACAAAAAAAUCUGAAGGUAUUGUCUGUAUUCAACUUGUUUUUAAGCUCAUUUUGAGCACCUGCCUUAAAAGAACAAGCUGGAAAAUCAAAAAGUUCUAUAAAGUUCUCAGUUUACGAGUGAACGUUGAGUUAAGAUGAGACCGCUUUUUGUGCUGGUCUUUGCAAAUGUUCUGCUACUUCUUUUCCGCUGUUACAAUUCAGAGUACCAGGUCAUCAAUUUUAUGGGGAUAAAUAAUACUGCCCUCGUUGGUUACAUUAUCGAUGUCUUUCACGCCAAAGACGUUAUGAGCUGUAAGUUUAGAUGUGCAGCUUUUCACAGCUGCAAGUCAGUCAAUGUUGGAAAGAAAGAAAGAAAUGAUACCCUUUUCACUUGUGAAAUCAACAACUCGACACACCUCGAGCAAAAGUUUGCGUUACGCCAUCGCGCAAGAUUCGCCUACCACGGAUUGGCUGAUCCCUGUUUCUCGAGCCCCUGUCUUAACGGAGGGACCUGCACGGCUGAUUACUCUUCGUGGUCAUACCGCUGUAACUGUGGACUAGAGAUAAGGGUAGUGCCUUUCUUGAAUGCCAACUGCGCGGUUGAUCCAGACUUGGUAAGAGAUUACAAAGGAAAAGGCACCUAUAAUAAAGUUUUCUAUCUAUCUGGAUGGGAAAAGAGACUAUUGAAUUUUACUGAAGCUGAGCGCAUGUGUCAAUUUCGUCAUGGUCACAUGGCCUCGCGGGAACAGCUGACAGAGGCCUGGAAGACAGGAUAUCACUUGUGCAGAUGGGGCUGGCUCACCGAUGUUUCUGGAGGUUAUCCCAUACAGACGCCAACUUCAAACUGUGGCGGUGCCGAUGGGGUUCCGAGGGUAGAGAGUUGGUCUGUAAAUGGUGACAUAACAUUCGACGCGUUUUGCUACCGACAAACAGAUGACUGUAACGAAGAGAAUUGGGUCCAAAAUGGAAGAUCCUGCUACCGUUUCUUCCUGGACCUUCAAGUGAGAUGGGCGGAGGCAUCACGUGUUUGUCACAUGCACGAUGCCGGACUCGGUAUCUUUAAAUCGCCGGAGAAGCUGCUUUUCGUGCGACAUCACGUGACAGAAAGCAAGCCCAGUGUUGAUUCCCUCCUUGUGGGACUUAAGGAGGUCGACAGCUCGUGGGAAUGGCUGGACGGUGGUAGCGUCAACCCAAACCUAUGGAAUAUAACUGCACCUGGUGCGCAAGGACCACUGGGAGCUGUCGCCAUGGAAACUGGUCGACUGGUAGAUGUUCCGGACGCGGACACGUUCCAGCUCCCUUUUGUUUGUGAAAAGUCUCUGCCUUAUUUGAAUACAAAUAAGUGGCCCAUGGCACUUGAGCCCUGAUAGAAAUACCAUAGUACAACUAGAACAGUAGAAUGAAUACAGACAAGCUGUACUAGACAAUCUGUUUAGGCUUUUGUAGAUACAGGCCUGAUAGAAAUACCACCAGUACAACUAGAACAGUAGAGUGAAUACAGACAAGCUGUACUAGACAAUCUGUUUAGGCUUUUGUAUAUACAGGCCUGAUAGAAAUACCACCAGUACAACUAGAACAGUAGAGUGAAUACAGACAAGCUGUACUAGACAAUCUGUUUAGGCUUUUGUAGAUACAGGCCUGAUAGAAAUACCACCAGUACAACUAGAACAGUAGAGUGAAUACAGACAAGCUGUACUAGACAAUCUGUUUAGGCUUUUGUAGAUACAGGCCUGAUAGAAAUACCACCAGUACAACUAGAACAGUAGAGUGAAUACAGACAAGCUGUACUAGACAAUCUGUUUAGGCUUUUGUAGAUACAGGAAAAAAACAGUCAAAACAUCCGGCUUUACUUUCUUUUGCUCCAACCGAAGUGCCUAUGUACGAAACGAAGAGGCGUACAAAAUAAAAUCUCAAGUCUGCGA